AUGAACGACUCAAAGUCACCGGCAGAAGCCGAAUCGAUGCUUAAAACACUUCCGUGGAACAUUGAUGAUCCCAACGACCCCCUAUUUUACAAGCCAACCACUAUCCAGAUCACAAGGCAGUACUUAUCUUCAACACCACUUCCCGCGGACUCGAGCGAUGGAGGCCGGGCCUUUGCAAAUCAGGAAGCGGUAUUGGGGUCAACUAGUGAAGUAAACAAAAUAGUGAUCAGCAGAGGCACAAUGGAGAGGCACCAAAAAUCUGUUACAACGACAGUCAGGAAGCAAAUAAGAACACCAUAUGAUGAGCAGCAUCUCAUCGAUGAGACCACAGUGCUUGACAUCCAAUGGCACAAUUCAGACGUACCUGUGACUCACCCCAGCACCGAAAUGCGAAGUCGGAUGUGGAAGAUGGCAGACCACUUGGAACGGAAUCUCACAAUAGACCUUCCUGCAGUUGCAGCUAUAUUCAGACCUGAUGAGACAGCAUUACAUCAGCUCUGGAUAGCAGCACAUGACACCUUUAAGCAGCUGCAGCGCGAAUCCUUUUCAGGUCUUGAUAGCAAAAUUCAUGCACAGGUGUCAGAAUGCAAGCGUCUCACCGAUCAAGACUUGCGUAAACCCAAUGAAGUUCCAGGAGAAAUUAGCUAUGACCUUCAUACCAAUACUACAACCAGGGUUUUUGACUCUGAUCACUUGACUUACACAUCUGUGUAUAGAUGGUCUUCUCGCCUCAACAUCACUAUUACAAAUAGCAGAGGCGUGAACAUAUAUGAGGAAGAGCUCUCCCCUUGCCCUGGUGAAACUUUGGCAAAGUUCAUAGGAUUUCCACAUAAUACGGUGGCAUAUACAACACCUAACUUUAGAGUGAAGACUAGAAGAGAUUGGAACCACCACCCCACCAUCAUGAUGCAUGUGAAAAAUUCAGAGGGUGCACUCCUGUAUCUAGGACAUUUUACAGAGAGACAGCGGUCAAGGGAAGAGUUUGUAGAUGGACCUCACAAGCUCACUUGGCAGUUUGGGCUUGUGACCCGUAACAUGAUACUGGAUGAAACAUACCAGCCACCUGAGGAUGGGGAGCCAGAAGUCUACAAGUUGUGCUGGAAUCCGUCGCAAGGAAUGGACGGUCCAAGUGAAAUCCUUUACUUUUACAACAUUACAAACUGA